AUGGCGGAAUUAUGGAAUGUUACUCAACUUCGUCGAAAUAAUGAUUUUCGUUGCAAAAGAACAAAUAAGAAGGAAGAGGAAGGAUUAAAACAUAAAAACUUUGCAGUUUUGAAUACCGUAAGCACUUUGCCUACAAUAACCACAACUCAACUUUUGCACACACAAUCGCACGACAGUCAAACAAAACGACCAAUUCUACAGCGACAGGAUUACUCCUGUCUCGAUUCAAGUGAAGCACAAUCGGAUGAUAGCCAUUUGACUCGAGAUUCAAUUACGCGAGAAUCACAAAACGACGAAUUAUCAUCUUCAACGCAUGAUAAAAUCGAUGUAAGCACCUUACCAUUACCAGCAUUACCACCGAAAAAGCGACGCAGUCGCUUGCGUGCAAGUCCUUCCAAAUACCAUAGUCGACGACAUGAGUUCGAUGCACAAUCGGAUCAGCAAACCAACUUAGCGGCAAAUGUAAGCAGUAACGAGACUAUACCACAUUUAUCCGCAUUUCAACAAUACGUUGCCAAGCGUCGCGAAAGUUUGGAGGCAUCCACACGCAGCUUUAACGAAAAACUGGAAGCACGUAGAAUGCACUAUCAUAUGGGGGGCGGCGGUGGUGGUGGUACAGCAGGCACAAAUGCUGGCAAUGCAAGUGGUAUGCAUAUGCCUACCUAUCUAUUUGGCGAGCACUAUUAUGGCGGUUUAUCGACGGGUUCGCGUAAAACUGUCGCGCCAACUUCGAAAGAAGAAAUAUUUCUUAAUAAAUCCGGUUGGGUACAAGUUAAUACGAAACGUGGUAAUGACGAAAAUCGGGGUUAUCGUCGCGCUAAUUAUGCACAUCAAAACGGUGAUAUGCAACGCAACACUAUACGCGUUAUACAAAUAGACAAUACAAGACGUUCGGAUAUGGCACGUCAAGCACUACUACAACAUCAACAUUCACUAGCCGAUCCCAGUGUGUAUAUGGGUAACAAGUAUAUGGGCAGCAAAGUAGAAGAACUGAUACAACGUAAUGAGGCACGCCUCAGUAAUGCGUCACGUGAUCCGACUUUAAGACCCGGGUAUCGAAUUGUAGAUCCACAAUUAGCAAGUUUAUUAAAUGAGCGUCCGGGUUUCUUACCAGUUAGAAAUUUAAAUGAUGCCGAAUCACCACCUCCCAUAACGCCUAUACUCUCACCUCCACCUGCUUUUCAAGAUAGCAGCAAAACGAAACAUUUUGAUAGACGAAAAACAGUCUCUACACGACAACCACAACUUAAGCCACAACAACAACAAUCAUUACCAAACACUAGUCUACAUGUCGGCAUGAAUAAUGGCGGCAAGGGUAUGGUAUUUUCACGUAGCUUUGAGUAUGAUACACGUCGACCUACACCAACAGAUACAUAUGUGGAGACUUUUUCACGUAGCUUUGAUGGUAAUCUCUCGGAGCGUCCAAUACAACAGCGGGAUCGCUCUCCCAACUUUAGCACACUGACUGGCAAUUCUCCAAACUAUCUAACGAAAAAAGAUUCUGGUGGUGGCAGUAGCGGUAGCUUACGCAGUCGCGAUAGUUCACCCAAAUACCAGCAACCCCAAACGACAGCCUACCUAAAUGCAUCUAUUAAAGAAGCGCCACCUGCAUACAGCGUAGCCAGCACAAGUGUUAAGUAUUCACCGCGCACACGACAUGAACGCUCCUUUGAACGUUCGAAAAGUCAGAAUAUUUUAGGACGUUCCCGUAAAUCACAAUUUAAUCGCGUCGGUAGCAGUGGUGCUGUUAUUGUUGGCAAUCAAGGACCGCCACCCAGCAUGGGUAUGUCGAGAUUUCGCAGUUUUGAUACGACCAUUAGUCAGCGGCUUAAUUCGUGUGAUAGUGGCGCACGUUCAGACCUUUCGAAUGAUGAAUUGGAUAAUGAAGAAAAUGAAGGUUCAAGUGAAUUUCUUACCACGAAUUAUUAUCAAGCAACUUCUCCAUUUAAAACACAGCGGCAGCGUUCCCUUACUCCAGAUCGAAAUGAAUCGCAUAGUUCAUCGAGUAGUUUGAGAAAACAGCGUUCGCUUACACCUGAAUCACGUUCAUUGACACCUGAAGACCGUCGUAAGAAAGGUUCACAGGUUUCCUUAAUGGGUUCGCGUCAAAAUUCCAGUUCACGCAGUAAUACUUUGGAACGUAAACCUCCAAGACUUGAGGAUAAGACUGUGAAUAUAUCGCGUAGUUCGUCGAGUUCGAGUUAUAGUGGUAGAGAAGCACAUGAAAAUGUGACACAUCCCACACAUUUGACUGGUGGCUUAGUUGGUAGUACAGGAUCGCAACACCGGCGUUCACUUGGAAGAAAUGCAAAGCAAACCGAAGAGCAUAGAAUUAGGCGUUCAAGAUCUCUCCAACUCAGCGAACGUUCGCCAAAUCGUUCGCAUAAAAUGAUCGUGUGCGUGGGACAAUCACUUACAGCCCCCAAUCCGGCGGCUGUCUAUCAGCAAGCAAAUCUUCGUGCCAAUAUUAAUAGCAGCGGCGGCGGACAUAGCAAUUUUCCGCCGACAAUACGUACAACUGUCAAAUCACAGCCAAUACUUGUAAAUAAUAGCAAUAGCAGCGGUUCACGUUUGCGCAGCAAUGAAGUCGACAAAAGUCGUUCAUUCGAUUUUGAUUAUUGUAACUACAAUACAGCAACGCCGAAAAGCCAUCCUAGUACUGGAAAUAUUAGCAACAAUCAGAAUGUGCCUAUGCGUUUGGAUUUCGACAAGAGUCGUUCGUUCGAUGAUGAUUACAGGGAACCAAUAAAUAGUAAUAAUAAUUUAAGUGCGGGUAGUAUGCGUUAUUUGAAAGCGACUGAUGGCACUGCUGGUAGCAACAGCACCGGACGCUUAAGAAGAUCAUCACCAGUGGGUAGUGGCGGUAGCGGUAGUAUUGAACGCACUACACGCUCACCACAAUCAUCUGGUUCAUCAUGCAAUAACUUAAAUCUGCCAAGACAGUCAACGAGUCCACAAAACUAUGGUACACGUUUAUGUGAUCAUGAGCUUACGUAUGAUAUGCUUAGAAAAUCAUUGGAUCGUUCACCAAUAAUGGAUUUUCGACGCGGUGAUAGUGGUGAUUAUGAUUUGCCACAGCCUGUGAUAAGAAAUCGCGAAACUAUCAAUUCCGGUGGUAAUAGUGAACUUAAUUUUAUGAGCAAUGAUACGCGUAUUUAUGAACAUCCAACAACCACAGCACAAAUAACGCAAUCAAGAUCGCUUAGUCACAACCAGAGUCCAAGUGAAUCGCAGUAUUCACUGGAACGUUUACAGAGUUCACGUGAUAGUAUACCAGCAGAUACAAUGAAUGACUAUAGACCAGAUUAUGUAUAUCGACAACCGCAAAAACAACACAGAGAGUCAAGAAGCAAUAAUCGCGGAAGGUACUAAAUUAUGCAUUUAACGCUAAGCUGCAAGCGUUGAAGUAGUGUUACUAAUUUUGAAUGUUGGCACUAACUAACCACCAAGAACUGCACUAAAUCUUUAUCCUGCAACUACAGCACAUGCCCAACUAACAAAUAAAAUCACUGCAAGUAGUGCAAGAUA